AUGUCAGAAACAUCUUCAAUAUCUAAAACAAGGUCAGAGGUGUGGCGAACCCGACUGGGGUCUGCACUACGAACCACCUUGGCAUGUAGCAUAGCAGGUUGCACCUACUUCUAUGGCCCUGCACCACUCACACGGUACCUCUCAUUCCCAGCUUUCAUAUACUCAACAACGGUCCUCAUAGUGUCAGAUGCUACACUCGGUGACACGCUAAGAGGUUGCUAUCGCGUGCUUUGCGCCAACAUCUUGGUCAUGGUACUGUCCCUGUUCAGUCUGCAGCUGAUAGGACCCCAAAACUUCACCCAUUACUACGUGGCUGCACUCGCCAUGGCAGCUUCUGCGUUUCUCGUUGCGUUGACUGCUGAGUCCACCCACUUGGUCACUAAACAGAUCGCGUUUGGACAGCUAGUGAAUAUUUACAUCAAGACGGUCCUAGACGGUGCAGGAGAAGGAGUGGCCAUGCACUCGAUUGAUGCCGUGUGCUCCACAACUCUUGGAGCUUUGGCUUCUGUUCUCGCCAUGUUUCUCCCUUAUCCUCGCCUCGCCUACUAUCAGAGAGAGACUGUUUAUGUUUCGUUGUGUUCAUCGUUUAGCAUCGAGCAACACAUGAAUGAACGGCUGAAAACCUCAAAUUCUAGAUUAAACUGCAACAUAGAGGCCAUCUCUGCCACAAACAACUCCACUGAUGUUGUUUUCUUCAUUCAAGCCAAGUCCCUCUCUGAAGCAGGAGUCAAGCUUCUCCAGAGUAUUAGAAGUAAAGUGGAUGGCAUGAAUUGGGAAAGGCCACAAACAAUAAUUUUCAAACCCCAUUGGAUUGAUCCAGAAGAUAAACUGCAAGACUACGAGUUACCAAUAAGAGCUAUGGACAUUGCUCUAUCAUCUUGUACUUUUCCUGUAAAGGUCGUUGAUGAAGAGCUCAGAGGUAUACUGCUCAAAUGCAAAGGAGAAUUCAACCAAAAAUUAGGCCAACAAACCAAGUCCUUUGCUCCUUUUGAUGCAACGACAACAUCAGAGAUGAAAAAGGACAUUUUAAACAAGAACCUGUCAAUAACCUAUAAAGAUCUCCCAACCUCGUUCUUUUUAUACUGCGUGCAUCUUCUCCUAGACGGCUCAGCCAUGGUAGAGAAAACCGGCCCCUUGCUAAGAAAAACAUCAAUAAACGGUUAUUUUCAGUGGAGCACCAGCAAGAUUAGAGAGGUCGUGAUGAAUUUAAUUCCCUCAAAUAACGAUUUGGUUUUUGCACUUAAGUCCUCUCUUUCACUAGGUUUCGCUGUGUUUUUGGGUUUGACGUAUAACAAGGAAAAUGGAUAUUGGGCGGGACUCACAAUCGCCGCCUGCUUCGUGACUGGACGACAUCCAACAUUCUCACUUGCAAAUGCACGAGGACAAGGAACCGCAAUGGGAUCAAUCUACGGAAUCCUUUGUUGCUUUAUGUUUAAAAGAUUUGUGAAUAUAAGGUUCUUAUCUCUUCUCCCAUGGGUACUUUUCUCUUCUUUUCUUAGGUAUAGUAGAAUGUAUGGUCAAGCUGGUGGGAUUUCAGCAGUUACAGGGGCUUUAUUAGUCAUUGGUAUCAAGCACGAUGAACGUCCAAGUCAAUUUGCACUUGCUAGAAUUGUUGAGGCCACAAUCGGACUCCUUUGCUUCGUCAUUGUAGAGAUUCUUUUUAAUCCUUGCAGAGCUUCUACUCUAGCAAAAGCUAAACUUUCUCAAUGCUUGGGAUCCCUUCAAGACUGCAUCGACCAGAUUUCCACUAUUAUUCCUAGCGAAAGAGAGAAGUCAUCUUCUAGCUGUCAAGCACCGAAAGAAGCGCAGCUGAGGCUUAAAUCUCUAGUGGGUCAAUUAGAAGAGGUCAUAAUGGAAGCUGAAUUAGAGCCAAAUUUCUGGUUUGUUCCAUUUCAUAAUGCCUGCUACAGAAAGAUGUUGGAAUCACUAUCAACGAUGGCAGAUCUCUUACUUUUUGUGACAUACUCAAUGGAAAAUAUCAAGCUAUCGUUGCAGAAAGAUAGAGCAUUCUGGGUGGAUCUCCAUGACCAAGUUAACGAGAACGUGGGGAGUUUCAAGAGCAAAGUCGGCCCCACAUUGAAUUGCCUUGAAAAAAUAUCAAGGAUAAAGUCUCCCAAGGAACUUGAAAAAAUGUUAAAGAACAUAAAUCAUCCUCGUGAUAUUGAGAAACAAGAAUGUCACAAGGAAGAUGCAUUUUGGAUAUGGAUUGGAGAUGAAGAGGUCGAUAGCAUUACAGACUCUUUUCUCCAGCAUCUAGAAGAGAUAGCUAAUAAAACUUGCACCAACACAGAUGAGGAGAUGCUUAAAGGUCAAAUGGUUUUCCAUUACAGUUGUUUGGGAUUUUGUACUAGUAGCUUGAUGAGAGAAACAAUAAAGAUUCAGAGUGAACUAAAAGAGCUACUUAUAUGGGAGAAUCCUUCAAGUCAAACAAACUUCAAAUAA